CUGUCUGUCUGUCUGUCUGUCUCACUUCCUCUGUUCAUACCAGGUCUGUCUGUCUGUCUGUCUGUCUGUCUGUCUGUCUGUCUGUCUGUCUCACUUCCUCUGCACAUACCAGGUCUGUCUGUCUGUCUGUCUCACUUCCUCUGUUCAUACCAGGUCUGUCUGUCUGUCUGUCUGUCUGUCUGUCUCACUUCCUCUGCACAUACCAGGUCUGUCUGUCUGUCUGUCUCACUCCCUCUGCACAUACCAGGUCUGUCUGUCUCACUCCCUCUGCACAUACCAGGUCUGUCUGUCUCACUUCCUCUGCACAUACCAGGUCUGUCUGUCUGUCUGUCUCACUUCCUCUGUUCAUACCAGGUCUGUCUGUCUGUCUCACUUCCUCUGUUCAUACCAGGUCUGUCUGUCUGUCUGUCUGUCUGUCUGUCUGUCUGUCUGUCUGUCUCACUUCCUCUGCACAUACCAGGUCUGUCUGUCUAUCUGUCUGUCUCACUCCCUCUGCACAUACCAUGUCUGUCUGUCUAUCUGUCUGUCUCACUCCCUCUGUUCAUACCAGGUCUGUCUGUCUGUCUGUCUGUCUCACUCCCUCUCUUCAUACCAGGUCUGUCUGUCUCACUCCCUCUGCACAUACCAGGUCUGUCUGUCUAUCUGUCUGUCUCACUCCCUCUGUUCAUACCAGGUCUGUCUGUCUAUCUGUCUGUCUCACUCCCUCUGUUCAUACCAGGUCUGUCUGUCUGUCUGUCUGUCUCACUCCCUCUCUUCAUACCAGGUCUGUCUGUCUCACUCCCUCUGCACAUACCAGGUCUGUCUGUCUCACUCCCUCUGCACAUACCAGGUCUGUCUGUCUGUCUGUCUCACUCCCUCUGCAUAUACCAGGUCUGUCUGUCUCACUCCCUCUGCACAUACCAGGUCUGUCUGUCUGUCUGUCUCACUCCCUCUGCACAUACCAGGUCUGUCUGUCUGUCUGUCUGUCUCACUCCCUCUGCACAUACCAGGUCUGUCUGUCUCACUCCCUCUGCACAUACCAGGUCUGUCUGUCUCACUCCCUCUGCACAUACCAGGUCUGUCUGUCUGUCUGUCUGUCUCACUCCCUCUGCACAUACCAGGUCUGUCUGUCUCACUCCCUCUGCACAUACCAGGUCUGUCUGUCUCACUCCCUCUGCACAUACCAGAUCACCCUCCUCCAGUUCUGGGAGAGGACAGCCGAUGUGAUGAGUGGGAUUCAUGAGUCUUUUAAAGGCCUUGUCCCCUACCAGUUCACCACUCUCAAGGACCUCCGGGACCCUCUGGAGCAGCUGACAGAUUUAGAGAACCAGGACCAGAACAAAGAGAAGGCCAUAAAGAGUAACAGUCUGGUCUCCCUGGAUGAAGAGAAGCCAUCAGAAUCAGCCUUUGGCCCCUUCCAUGCUGCUGAUGGACACAGCCUCACCAGCUCUCUGUGUGCUAGUCUGGACUCUGGCGGGGACCUCUCUGGAAGCGCUCUACUGCAGCAGGGGCUCAGGGUGGGGGACAAGGAGGAGGAGGACAGGGAGACUGGGGACAUGGCCUUUCUGAAGGACCUCCUGAGCCCUGGACCAAUGGAAGCAGACGAGUUCAGUCGAGAGUGGCAAGGCACCUUCGGCUGCUUGGAGUUCUCUGACGCUGUCCCCCACACAGCCCCCACCCCCUCCCUGGUCCCUCCUCCCCCUACUGGAGCAGCCUGCCCCCCCUCUCAGUCCCCCAGUCCCACCGGCUUCCUGCCCUCCCAGCUGCUGGACCACAGUCUGAGUUCUACAGGCUGGGCGACGCCUCCCAUGUUCCAGGCUCCGCCCCUACAGUCCCCAGUGUCCGGCCAGGUCCAGUCAGCUAAGGGUGGUCCAAAGUCAACAGCCAAUGUUCCUAAAGGGGCACCGCGGGACAUGUCUGCAUGGUUCAACCUGUUUGCUGAUCUGGACCCCCUCUCUAACCCUGACGCCAUCGGACGCUCUGAAGACGAGAUCCUCAAUGCCUGAGGGGGGGGGGGGGGGUGUGUGUGUGUGUGUGUGUGUGUGUGUGUGUGUGUGUGUGUGUGUGUGUGUGUGUGUGUGUGUGUAGUUACUGUAUACUUUGUAACGUCUGUAAUACUCUAUAUUGAUGAUAGAGGAGGGGGGAGGGGGGGGGGGUGUGUAGUUACUGUAUACUUUGUAAUGUCUGUAAUACUCUAUAUUGAUGAUAGAGGAGGGGGGAGGGGGGGGGUGUGUGUAGUUACUGUAUACUUUGUAAUGUCUGUAAUACUCUAUAUUGAUGAUAGAGGAGGAUUUGACUGAGAUGAAUGUCCUUUCUAUACAGGAUAUGUACUAUAGGGGGUUGGGCUUAACCUUAGCGAUAUAAUGUAGAACCUAACACCCGAUUGGUUGGCCCAACAACCUAACACCUGAUUGGUUGGCCCAACAACCUAACACCUGAUUGGUUGGCCCAACAACCUAACACCGGACCGGGCUCUACCAGUGACAUGGUCUAUAAUACUAAUUAUAAAGCGGGUAGUUUGGGUCCUGAAUUCUGAUUGGCUGAAACAGCAUUCCAGUCGUGUGUAUUAUCAGACGCUAUACCACAGGUAUGACACGACUCCUAGUUGACCUGCUGUUUAUGUGGGUGAGCAGUUUAGAAUAGCAGUAAGGCCUUCUGGGUUGGUGGUAUAUGACCACUUUAGAAUAGCAGUAAGGCCUUCUGGGUUGGUGGCAUAGGACCAGUAUAGAAUAGCAGUAAGGCCCUUCUGGGUUGGUGGUAUAGGACCAGUUUAGAAUAGCAGUAAGGCCUUCUGGGUUGGUGGUAUAUGACCAGUUUAGAAUAGCAGUAAGGCCUUCUGGGUUGGUGGUAUAGGACCAGUUUAGAAUAGCAGUAAGGCCUUCUGGGUUGGUGGUAUAUGACCAGUUUAGAAUAGCAGUAAGGCCUUCUGGGUUGGUGGUAUAUGACCAGUUUAGAAUAGCAGUAAGGCCUUCUGGGUUGGUGGUAUAUGACCAGUUUAGAAUAGCAGUAAGGCCCUUCUGGGUUGGUGGUAUAUGACCAGUUUAGAAUAGCAGUAAGGCCUUCUGGGUUGGUGGUAUAUGACCAGUUUAGAAUAGCAGUAAGGCCUUCUGGGUUGGUGGUAUAUGACCAGUUUAGAAUAGCAGUAAGGCCUUCUGGGUUGGUGGUAUAUGACCAGUAUAGAAUAGCAGUAAGGCCUUCUGGGUUGGUGGUAUAUGACCAGUUUAGAAUAGCAGUAAGGCCUUCUGGGUUGGUGGUAUAUGACCAGUUUAGAAUAGCAGUAAGGCCUUCUGGGUUGGUGGUAUAUGACCAGUUUAGAAUAGCAGUAAGGCCUUCUGGGUUGGUGGUAUAUGACCAGUUUAGAAUAGCAGUAAGGCCUUCUGGGUUGGUGGUAUAUGACCAGUUUAGAAUAGCAGUAAGGCCUUCUGGGUUGGUGGUAUAUGACCAGUUUAGAAUAGCAGUAAGGCCUUCUGGGUUGGUGGUAUAGGACCAGUUUAGAAUAGCAGUAAGGCCUUCUGGGUUGGUGGUAUAGGACCAGUUUAGAAUAGCAGUAAGGCCUUCUGGGUUGGUGGUAUAGGACCAGUUUAGAAUAGCAGUAAGGCCUUCUGGGUUGGUGGUAUAUGACCAGUUUAGAAUAGCAGUAAGGCCUUCUGGGUUGGUGGUAUAUGACCAGUUUAGAAUAGCAGUAAGGCCCUUCUGGGUUGGUGGUAUAUGACCAGUAUAGAAUAGCAGUAAGGCCUUCUGGGUUGGUGGUAUAGGACCAGUUUAGAAUAGCAGUAAGGCCCUUCUGGGUUGGUGGUAUAUGACCAGUAUAGAAUAGCAGUAAGGCCCUUCUGGGUUGGUGGUAUAGGACCAGUUUAGAAUAGCAGUAAGGCCUUCUGGGUUGGUGGUAUAUGACCAGUUUAGAAUAGCAGUAAGGCCUUCUGGGUUGGUGGUAUAUGACCAGUUUAGAAUAGCAGUAAGGCCUUCUGGGUUGGUGGUAUAUGACCAGUUUAGAAUAGCAGUAAGGCCUUCUGGGUUGGUGGUAUAGGACCAGUUUAGAAUAGCAGUAAGGCCCUUCUGGGUUGGUGGUAUAUGACCAGUAUAGAAUAGCAGUAAGGCCCUUCUGGGUUGGUGCUAUAUGACCAGUUUAGAAUAGCAGUAAGGCCCUUCUGGGUUGGUGGUAUAUGACCAGUUUAGAAUAGCAGUAAGGCCUUCUGGGUUGGUGGUAUAGGACCAGUAUAGAAUAGCAGUAAGGCCCUUCUGGUGGUAUAGGACCAGUUUAGAAUAGCAGUAAGGCCCUUCUGGGUUGGUGGUAUAGGACCAGUUUAGAAUAGCAGUAAGGCCUUCUGGGUUGGUGGUAUAUGACCAGUUUAGAAUAGCAGUAAGGCCUUCUGGGUUGGUGGUAUAGGACCAGUUUAGAAUAGCAGUAAGGCCCUUCUGGGUUGGUGGUAUAUGACCAGUUUAGAAUAGCAGUAAGGCCUUCUGGGUUGGUGGUAUAUGACCAGUUUAGAAUAGCAGUAAGGCCUUCUGGGUUGGUGGUAUAUGACCAGUAUAGAAUAGCAGUAAGGCCUUCUGGGUUGGUGGUAUAUGACCAGUAUAGAAUAGCAGUAAGGCCCUUCUGGGUUGGUGGUAUAGGACCAGUUUAGAAUAGCAGUAAGGCCCUUCUGGGUUGGUGGUAUAUGACCAGUUUAGAAUAGCAGUAAGGCCCUUCUGGGUUGGUGGUAUAUGACCAGUAUAGAAUAGCAGUAAGGCCCUUCUGGGUUGGUGGUAUAUGACCAGUAUACCACUGCUACGGGCUGUAUCGUCGUACAGCCCCUUCAGCAGGUAGGAUUUAUACUGUACUGUACUGCUAAUACUACCAUACAGCCCCUUUAGCAGGUAGGAUUUAUACUGUACUGUACUGCUAAUACUACCAUACAGCCCCUUCAGCAGGUAGGAUUUAUACUGUACUGUACUGCUAAUACUACCAUACAGCCCCUUCAGCAGGUAGGAUUUAUACUGUACUGUACUGCUAAUACUACCAUACAGCCCCUUCAGCAGGUAGGAUUUAUACUGUACUGUACUGCUAAUACUACCAUACAGCCCCUUUAGCAGGUAGGAUUUAUACUGUACUGUACUGCUAAUACUACCAUACAGCCCCUUCAGCAGGUAGGAUUUAUACUGUACUGUACUACUGUACUGCUAAUACUACCAUACAGCCCCUUCAGCAGGUAGGAUUUAUACUGUACUGUACUACUAAUACUACCAUACAGCCCCUUCAGCAGGUAGGAUUUAUACUGUACUGUACUGCUAAUACUACCAUACAGCCCCUUCAGCAGGUAGGAUUUAUACUGUACUGUACUGCUAAUACUACCAUACAGCCCCUUUAGCAGGUAGGAUUUAUACUGUACUACUGUACUGCUAAUACUACCAUACAGCCCCUUCAGCAGGUAGGAUUUAUACUGUACUGUACUGCUAAUACUACCAUACAGCCCCUUCAGCAGGUAGGAUUUAUACUGUACUGUACUGCUAAUACUACCAUACAGCCCCUUCAGCAGGUAGUAUUUAUACUGUACUGUACUGCUAAUACUACCAUACAGCCCCUUCAGCAGGUAGGAUUUAUACUGUACUGUACUGCUAAUACUACCAUACAGCCCCUUUAGCAGGUAGGAUUUAUACUGUACUGUACUACUAAUACUACCAUACAGCCCCUUCAGCAGGUAGGAUUUAUACUGUACUGUACUGCUAAUACUACCAUACAGCCCCUUCAGCAGGUAGGAUUUAUACUGUACUGUACUGCUAAUACUACCAUACAGCCCCUUUAGCAGGUAGGAUUUAUACUGUACUGUACUGCUAAUACUACCAUACAGCCCCUUUAGCAGGUAGGAUUUAUACUGUACUGUACUGUACUGCUAAUACUACCAUACAGCCCCUUUAGCAGGUAGGAUUUAUACUGUACUGUACUGCUAAUACUACCAUACAGCCCCUUCAGCAGGUAGGAUUUAUACUGUACUGUACUGCUAAUACUACCAUACAGCCCCUUUAGCAGGUAGGAUUUAUACUGUACUGUACUGUACUGCUAAUACUACCAUACAGCCCCUUUAGCAGGUAGGAUUUAUACUGUACUGUACUGCUAAUACUACCAUACAGCCCCUUCAGCAGGUAUGAUUUAUACUCUACUGUACUGCUAAUACUACCAUACAGCCCCUUUAGCAGGUAGGAUUUAUACUGUACUGUACUGCUAAUACUACCAUACAGCCCCUUCAGCAGGUAGGAUUUAUACUGUACUGUACUGCUAAUACUACCAUACAGCCCCUUCAGCAGGUAGGAUUUAUACUGUACUGUACUGCUAAUACUACCAUACAGCCCCUUCAGCAGGUAGGAUUUAUACUGUACUGUACUGCUAAUACUACCAUACAGCCCCUUUAGCAGGUAGGAUUUAUACUGUACUGUACUGCUAAUACUACCAUACAGCCCCUUCAGCAGGUAGGAUUUAUACUGUACUGUACUGCUAAUACUACCAUACAGCCCCUUCAGCAGGUAGGAUUUAUACUGUACUGUACUGCUAAUACUACCAUACAGCCCCUUUAGCAGGUAGGAUUUAUACUGUACUGUACUGCUAAUACUACCAUACAGCCCCUUCAGCAGGUAGGAUUUAUACUGUACUGUACUACUAAUACUACCAUACAGCCCCUUCAGCAGGUAGGAUUUAUACUCUACUGUACUACUGUACUGCUAAUACUACCAUACAGCCCCUUCAGCAGGUAGGAUUUAUACUGUACUGUACUGCUAAUACUACCAUACAGCCCCUUCAGCAGGUAGGAUUUAUACUGUACUGUACUACUAAUACUACCAUACAGCCCCUUCAGCAGGUAGGAUUUAUACUGUACUGUACUGCUGAACUGCUAAUACUACCAUACAGCCCCUUUAGCAGGUAGGAUUUAUACUGUACUGUACUGCUAAUACUACCAUACAGCCCCUUCAGCAGGUAGGAUUUAUACUGUACUGUACUACUGUACUGCUAAUAGUACCAUACAGCCCCUUCAGCAGGUAGGAUUUAUACUGUACUGUACUGCUAAUACUACCAUACAGCCCCUUCAGCAGGUAGGAUUUAUACUGUACUGUACUGCUAAUACUACCAUACAGCCCCUUUAGCAGGUAGGAUUUAUACUGUACUGUACUGCUAAUACUACCAUACAGCCCCUUUAGCAGGUAGGAUUUAUACUGUACUGUACUGCUAAUACUACCAUACAGCCCCUUCAGCAGGUAGGAUUUAUACUGUACUGUACUACUAAUACUACCAUACAGCCCCUUCAGCAGGUAGGAUUUAUACUGUACUGUACUGCUAAUACUACCAUACAGCCCCUUCAGCAGGUAGGAUUUAUACUGUACUGUACUGCUAAUACUACCAUACAGCCCCUUCAGCAGGUAGGAUUUAUACUGUACUGUACUGCUAAUACUACCAUACAGCCCCUUCAGCAGGUAGGAUUUAUACUGUACUACUGUACUGCUAAUACUACCAUACAGCCCCUUCAGCAGGUAGGAUUUAUACUGUACUACUGUACUGCUAAUACUACCAUACAGCCCCUUCAGCAGGUAGGAUUUAUACUGUACUGUACUGUACUGCUAAUACUACCAUACAGCCCCUUCAGCAGGUAGGAUUUAUACUGUACUGUACUGCUAAUACUACCAUACAGCCCCUUCAGCAGGUAGGAUUUAUACUGUACUGUACUGCUAAUACUACCAUACAGCCCCUUCAGCAGGUAGGAUUUAUACUGUACUUUACUGUACUGCUAAUACUACCAUACAGCCCCUUCAGCAGGUAGGAUUUAUACUGUACUGUACUGUACUGCUAAUACUACCAUACAGCCCCUUUAGCAGGUAGGAUUUAUACUGUACUGUACUGCUAAUACUACCAUACAGCCCCUUCAGCAGGUAGGAUUUAUACUGUACUGUACUGCUGUACUGCUAAUACUACCAUACAGCCCCUUUAGCAGGUAGGAUUUAUACUGUACUGUACUGCUAAUACUACCAUACUGCCCCUUCAGCAGGUAGGAUUUAUACUGUACUGUACUGCUAAUACUACCAUACAGCCCCUUCAGCAGGUAGGAUUUAUACUGUACUGUACUGCUAAUACUACCAUACAGCCCCUUCAGCAGGUAGGAUUUAUACUGUACGGCUAUUUCUGUUUCUUAUUUUUAAUUCAUGUGAAAACAUUUCUAAAAAUCUGUUUUCCCUUUGUCAUUAUGGGGCAUUGUGUGCAGACUGAUAAGGAAAAAUGAAUGUAAACAAUUUUAGAAUAAGGCUGUAACGUAACAAUAUGUGGAAAAAGGGAAGGGGUCUGAAUACUUUCCAAACUUUCCCUGAACAUACAGACAAGAAUGUAUAUCAAUCACAAAUGCUUUAUUUUAUUCAACUUUGCCUUUUAUUUCACUUAAAGGAUGUAUGUAACGUCAUAGGAUGAAACGGGGAUGUAUGUAACGAAGAUGUAUGUAACGUCUUGGGAUGAAACGGGGCUGUUAUCAGCAGACAUGUUGAAGGAACUUUAUUAAACUGUUAUUUGAGA